AAACAUCAACGUGACACUGCAGGGUGGCAGCCAACGCUUCAAUCAAUGCAGCUACAAUGGCUUGGGCUGCCAGCAUUGAUCAACAUUAAUGGGGCGGGAUGUAUUUCUUACAGUGUGAUUUAAUUGUGUUGCUGCAAAGUGGGCGUCGGAAGCGGUCUCCAGUAGCGAGUGCAGUUGCUAACAGACUUUUCUAUGCAGCGUUUUAACAGCCAGUCACUGCACCAACAAACAAAACCAUGCUGCUGUCCACCUCAAUGAGGAAACUGUUCCCUUUGCUUCGCUGAGCCAUCAUCGCCCGAAACUGUCACGGUCAACGGACAACCAGUGCCAGCGCCCAUUGAAGAGAGGCAAACCUGCAAACUGCUGUCAGGAGCUAACUGCAGGCUAACGCCCCUUAGCUAGCUAGCAAGCUGAGUUCAAUACUUGAAGAACUUUGUUGGCAAGCUACCGUCAUCAUCUCUGGAUAUUAGCCGUGUCUUUAACCCUUUGUUUCUGGUCAAAGUAUCUCUUUAGACGGAGUCGUUGCUGACUAAAUAAAUCUGUACAUGAGAUACACUGGGGCGUAAUGUAGCCUAUUGUGUGUUUUUGUAAAAGUUAAGUAACACCUUGCUAGCUUGCCAGCCACGCUAGUUUUUCUUAACGUGACUCACUGGCUGGUAAUGAAUGCACCGUAUCUUUACCUCGGGUGUUGUCUGGCCCCUUCACUGACACGCUGCUGAUGACUCGUUUAUGACCAGGCAGAAAGACUUUGUGUCGUCUCCCGUUAAGCUUGUGACAGAGAAACGUGAUUUUAUUGACAGACUACUUGGAUACCUACAGUACCAUGGGGUCUCUGAAGGCUCUCCAGGAGUGGUGUCGGAUACAGUGUGAACAUUACAACGAUGUGGAAGUAAAGGACAUGUCAACGUCCUUUCGGAACGGAUUGGCGUUUUGUGCCAUCAUUCAUCGUUACAGACCAGAAUUAAUAGACUUUGGCUCGCUGUCUAAAGAGAAUGUGUACGACAACAACCGACUGGCGUUUGAAGUGGCGGAGACUCAGCUGGGCAUCCCGGCCCUGUUGGACCCAGAGGACAUGGUGUCCAUGAAAGUGCCUGACCGGCUCAGCAUCAUCACAUACGUCUCCCAGUACUACAACUUCUUCAACAACAAGUCUCAAGCAAACCCCCCUUCCAUGAAAAGGCUCAGCUCUGUCGGUCUAAAUGAGCCCGCCCAGAAAAGGCCCCCCACCCCUUUGGAAGACAAAGUGGUCGAGUCUGAGAGCCAGCCUAAGGAAAAUGGCGUAGAAGCGGCUUCAGCGGUGAAGCGCAGCACGCUCAGCAGCACCUGCGCCGCCUGCCAGAAACACGUCCACCUGGUGCAGAGGUUCCUGGUGGACGGCAAGCUCUACCAUCGCAUCUGUUUCAGGUAA